GAUCCCUAGCGCCGUUGUACGUCAACUGUUGUUUUUCCAACAUGGCGUCGCUGGGAAGGAGGCGCGGUGUCCCAGUUAGCAGGGAGAGGGGAGUGAUGGCAGCAUCAGAUUGCUACAUUGUGCAUGAGAUCUACAAUGGAGAGAACGCACAGGACCAGUUUGAGUAUGAGCUGGAGCAGGCACUGGAGGCCCAGUACAAAUACAUUGUCAUUGAGCCCACGCGGAUCGGAGAUGAGACGGCCCGCUGGAUCACGGUGGGGAACUGCCUGCACAAGACGGCUGUGUUGUCAGGCGCUGCAUGCCUCCUGACACCUCUAUCACUGCCCGCUGAAUACUCCCGCUACGUAGUGCUGCCCGCCGGCGCCCUCAGUGUGGCCUGCGCCGCACUCUACGGGAUUUCGUGGCAGUUUGACCCCUGCUGCAAGUACCAGGUGGAAUAUGACAGCCAGAAACUGUCACGGCUGCCCCUGCACACACUGACCUCCUCCACACCUGUGGUUUUGGUGCGCAGGGAUGACGUCCACAGAAAGAGACUCCAUAAUACGAUAGCACUGGCUGCCCUGGUGUAUUGCGCCAAGAAGAUCUAUGAACUCUAUGUAUGAGUGCACUCUAAAAAGAAAUUUAAGAACCAUCAAAAAAAAAAGAAGAAAAAAAAAAAAAGCAAAACUGAACAUACCACCCCUGAUGUAAGAAAGUGGAAGUCACAAUCAGACCCAGUGGUUAGCUCCACUUGUGGUGGCCGCUUCCACUUUGAACUUUGAUCAGAGGGAUAUAGUUAAAACUAGAAGGGAUUUCUCCCCCUAUACAUUUCCUUUACUUCUGUAACAACAGCACAUCUAUCUCCAUAGUACUUUUGCGCCAGCUCCCUUGCCCUUGUCUUCACAGAAAAGCUAGUGCAAAAGGAUCAUGGCAGCAGUUCCUCCUGGACUGAAACAUUUUGAAGUAGACAUGUUUUGUGUAUCUUGCUCUUUCCCUCAUAGUUUUACUGUACCCCUUUUUUGCUGAUCAGUACGUCAUGUUUCAUUAAAUAUUAGGAUAUUUCAAACUUUCUGUAUUUUACUUUUAUUUUUCAUGAUGUCUGGGAAGGAGUGAAUAGAUCCAAAACAGUUGUCUUGUUUAAGUACACAUUCUGGUAUCAAUGAAUCCUAUUAAGACCAUGUAAGAUGGUGACAUGGCUCCGUGUUCUCAUGGUGUACAUUACAUUAACGUCAAGACAAAGCUAAGGUAGAGACUUUUUAAUGCUGCAGAUAAUGCACAUCCGUUAUCUAUAUAAUUUGUUUCUGCAACGGUGUUCCUCUCUGAGGUAGCAGUGCUCCUAAUGGGACGAGGAAAACGAUGUAAACAGGAAAAGAAGGAUGAGUUGUAAUAUAACAGGAGACUUACGACAACUGGGUAAUAAACUGUAAUCCAGAUAUAAA